AUGUCGCACGAAGCACUACCUAUCGACCGAGCCAGAUUCGCUGAAGCUCUCGAGUCGCUGCCCCUUGACGCACUGCACUCCAAAGUUGCUGAAUUGCGCAACAACAUGAACCAUCUGAGAUAUUCUAACGAGCAGAUGGUCCCCUUUGCCGACGAAGGUGAUCAAGGUAACUCUGAUGUAGAUGGUGAAGAUUGCAAAGACGCCAUGUACGAGAACCUCGUUGUCAUCAGCCGCAUGAACGAACGCAUCGACCUGCUACGAGCCGAAGUCGAGAAGAGAGGCAUGAGAUGGUCAGAAGCCGAAGUCGAAGAUCGUCAGGUCAGCGAGAGAAUGGUCAACGGCGACUCUGCAUCCACAACUACAACACAAUCACAACCUCGAAGCGGACGCUUGACAGACGAUCAGCUCAGAGCACAACUUGAGGCAAGGCUGGCCCAAGACACACAAGACGUUCAGGAAGAAGAAGGCCUUCAUCUCUGA